UUAGAUUAAUUUCUCUAGUUUGAAGAUGAAGAAAAAGGGAUGAAGACAGCCUGGAAAACAAAAACGAACCUAAAUAAAGCACGAAAACCGAGACGAAACGUUAGAGACCAGACCGCGGCACUGACUACUCUGACUGCUCCAAAGAGUCGAUAAUUAUUAACCAAAGAUGCUCAGUUCGUUAAUGACGUCACCUGAUAAACACCUACUAUCUGGUUUCAACUGGGUUCCUCGAGACAUCUAGAUUGAUCGGUUCACGAGGACAGGGCUAAGUCUAAAAUUCGAACUGUUUACUAAAUCUGCGCGAUAUUUUGUACACCCUGUAGGGCUCACAUCGUCCUCUUUUGCCAAGAGCAGAUAUCUAUUGAUUUCACUACGAUCUUGAAGACGCUGGUUUUCCCACGUACUCGUGGUAUUGGUUAAUUCGCUGGCUGUAUUUGUGAUCAGUUUCAUUGGCGGUUUGAAUGGAGAACGUUGUGCGCGUGAGAAAGGGAACAAGAAAGAGAAAACAAAGAGCGAAGUUAAGCGACAUCGACGUUUUGGAUUCGGAUGAAUAUGACUCCUCGCCCAAACAACGCGGUUCGGACGCUGAAAACUCAAAGAACAGUAAGCGAAAGAGGAGGAGACCUCGUCUCACCGGCCUCAGCAAGCAGAGACAGGCAGCCAACGCACGCGAACGGAGUAGAACGCACAGUGUAAAUUCUGCUUUCAGCGCUCUACGGGUUCUUAUACCAACAGAACCAUCGGACAGAAAACUUUCCAAAAUAGAGACAUUACGACUUGCAUCGAGCUACAUCGCUCAUCUGGGAUCAAUGCUUGUUAGUGGAACUCAGUGCCCGAAUGUUGCUAAAGCAGUUGAACAUUCAGGAAACAUUUCGCCCACUUCGGCAUCAAGAGUGUGUACAUUUUGUUUGAGCUUACUUAAAGCGGUUUCGAAAGAGGAAGGUCCAAAUAACAGACUACAUGUGCAGGGAAAAUAACUAUUGAUAUUAUAUCCCAGGAGUUUUGUUUUUACAUGCUCAGUAGUACAAGAGGGAGAACUGGAGGAGACCUGACGGAGAAGAAAUCACAUUACAGUUAAAAUGCUUGUAAUAUAUAAGUAGAGCAAUUCACUGAAGAGUUUUAUUGUCCUCUCUAAAGUCACUCGUCACCAUAGCUAACAUGUGAAUAGCGCAUGUUUCAGUUGUAAGCAGCUUACGUCAAUUUUUUUUAACACAAACAAACAAUCGUCUUUCAGUCGUAAAAGCUAUUGCGUUAGUUAUCGUGCGUUUAAUGAAGUGGUAACAUGACACAUGUUUUCUUAAGAAUUCUAAGCCUUCGAUUUGAAAUUGAGGCGGUUUUAAAUAUCAGUAAACGAAGUUUUUUCCUUUAGAGACAAGCUGUGGCAAAACCUAAGUGUGAUAUGUUCGUGGAAUUUAUCGGAGUAAGGAAUUGAAACUUUUCCUGUAGUUAGAGCUCUGUAGCGAAUCUGUUUGUAAAACAGUGUCUAUGUAUCAGUUGUAGUAAAUUGGGUUUGAUUAACACAACGCAAAAACCGGAGUUUUGUCUAAACUUUUAGUCGCUUUUAUAGAGUUUCCCUCAGUUAAGAAUGAUUUAAAUCAAGUAAAAUGCCAACACUCGUGUACCAAGCACUGGUGGUUCAGUGGUAGAAUUCUCGCCUGCCACGCGGGAGGCCCGGGUUCGAUUCCCGGCCAGUGCAUUCACUUUUCUGAGUGAAAAAGUGCGUGAAAUACUUGCAUGACAAAAGCUGGCAGGUCACGUUCAAGCUCGGCUUUCGACCUAAAAAAAUUGUGACUUCCCUUAGCUUAGCACUCCCAGUCACUUUAACCUGUCCACUUAACUCUUUAUUACUCUUUGUUACUCCUGUUACUCUUCUUUUCCUUUUGUGUAAAGAUUAACAGUUCUUGUUUGUAAGUUGAAGCGUUUUGGAAGGAAAACUUACGGCAAUAGUUUGUGACUCUUAAGAGUUAUAAUAAUUCCAAAAAUAACUCCAUUCCACGACUAUUAAAUAAGUCCAAUUUUGAGUUUACAUAACUCCUUUUUAGAGUUAAUCUAACUCCCCAAAAUAACUUUAAGACUUAUUAUAACUCCUUGAAAAUUUGUGAGUAGUGGU